GGGACGCGUCUGUGGAGAGAGAGACACAGAGACACGGAGAGGGAGGACAGGGUGGAGGAGAGAGCAGCGACUCGCCGUGACUUCAGCUCGCCAUCCCUCCGAGACGAGGGUCCGCUGACCUGACCGCCGCGUGUCCGUGAGUCGGUGUGUUCGUGCGCCAGUGGGCUGGUCGAGCUUCACUCCUCUCGCUGGGUUUCGGACCAUCCGGGCGUCCGUCCAAUGUGCGUAAAGGGGCUCCAUGUCCUCACCGUCCUCUGUGGACUCGCAGCUUCAGGAGUGCUGCAGGUGAGCGGGAUACGUAUAUCCACACCUGGGAGUAUGGAGGCGGUCAAUGGGACAGAUGUUCGCCUGAAGUGCACGUUCUACAGCUCGUCCGCCAUCAACGCCAACUCCGUCACCAUCUCCUGGACCUUCAGACCUCUAACAAAGGGCCGCGAGGAGACGGUGUUUCACUACCAGCAGAAGCCAUAUCCACCCGUAGAGGGCAUCUUCAGGAAGCGCAUCGCCUGGGACGGCAACAUCAUGGGCCAAGACGCGUCCAUCAUCAUCCGGCAGGUGAAGUUCACCUACAACGGCACGUACAUCUGCCAGGUGAAGAAUCCACCUGACGUCCACGGCACGGUUGGAGAGAUCAAACUCCGUGUGGUCACCACAGCCUCUUUCUCCGAGCUUCUCUUCCUGGUGCUGGCCAUCGGAGGCGGCAUCACCCUGGUGGUCGUCCUCCUCGUCAUCAUCGUGUCCUGCCGGCGGUGCAGGAGGAGGAGGGAGAGGCAGCUGGAGGGGAACGAGGAGGCCCCCCGCAAAGAGCGAAAAGACCCCACAGCGUGCCACCCGUCGAGGGCCGUCCACCUCUACCUAUCAGAACCGUCCAUAGAGAUUGACAGUUCGGACGGCAUGAUCUCGGACCCCAGCACCCCGUCCUCCAGCUCCUCAGAGGAUGAGGGUCCGAGCUCCGAUGACGACGACGACGACGAUGAUGACUCCGACUGAGGAGCCGGAGGAAGACGAGGGCAGCGAUGCUGGCGUGAAGCCGGCCGGGAAGCUUUCUCUGGAGGGAGAGCCAUGGUGGAACCCGAGGAUCCCACCGCCGAGCCGAGCGGAGUCUACAUGAAGAAGUGCGGCUACUGUGAGGAAAAUAAGCCCGUGGUUUGACAAUGUGAGGAACAGAUUCCACUUUUGAGAAGAAAGAGAUUGCUGCUGAGGAAGGGCAAGACAAAAGUACGAGUGAGAAAAUACUGCAUCAUUCAUGCCCGAAUGAAACCACAGGAAUGAACUGAGGGUCAAUUGUUGUUCAAUAUCUGUCUCUUGGUUCUACCAUGAAUCUCCUAAAGAGGAGAAAGCCGAUAUACUAAAAUCAGCUGCUGUAAGAAAUUGAUCUCAUUGAACGUAUCGACAUGUACAGACAGAAUGAGACAAAUGAGCCGUACCAAUGUCUCUAUUUCAGAGGCUGCUUUUGGCUCAUGCAGAGAAGUUUCCCGUUGAGCUAAUAGCUGAAAUCCAGCAGAAUAGUGCAGGACAACCUUCCAUGAGGGUAAAUCACUGGGAAAGUCUCGGAUUUCAGGCAGUAGCGGACCGUUUGAUACCCCUCAGCGUCAGUCGUCUCCUUCCGCACAUGUAGGCCGGGAUGCUUACAACGAGCCACGUCAGAUUACUUUGAUACAGCAGCAAAACUGUGAUUCGGCUUUAUUUAGUCAGAAGGCCAAGUACUUGAUCAGCGUGCCAGCUGCAGCACCUUCCAGCCCUGAAUGCAUGCUGUCAGAUCUGAAAACCUUUGAUUGCAAAAUGCCCUUGAGAGCCUGUUUUUUUUUUUUCUGCACGCGCCUGUGAAUGCAUCACGUCUACUAACAAAUGUCUGUAUUACCUGUCUUUAAUCAGGAUUUUUACUUUUAUUUUAUUACUGCAAGAUGUUUAUAGAUUUCCUCCUUUUUUUUUUUUUUUUAGUUUUCUACAUAUAUAUUUUAUCAUGUUCAAAAGUGUCACCUUAUUUGUUGUAGAGAUUUUAUACAAAUGUAUAUGUGUAUUGAAAACAUUUUUCUAAUAAAAUUGCUCUUAAAUUUU